AUGUCACAUGCACCAACAGAAGAGCUCUGCUUCAAACCCCCAGAUGGUGGCUGGGGUUGGAUGGUUGUGAUUGGGGCUCAUAUUUCCAUUGGCUUUGCCUAUGCAACACCCAAAGCCCUGUCCAUUUUCUUCAAUGACAUCCAAUUAGACUUGCAAGCCAGCUACAGUGAUAUAGCAUGGAUAUCCUCAAUCAUGUUAGCAGCCAUGUAUGCUGGAGGACCAGUAAGCAGCGCGUUGGUCAAUCGCUAUGGAAGCCGAUCCAUAGUCAUACUUGGGGGCCUGAUGUGUGGGGUCUCCAUGGUAGCUGCUUCCUUUGGAAACUCCAUCAUUUACCUGUACUUAUGCAUUGGUGUCAUUGCAGGCUGCGGACUCGCUUUAAACUUGAAUGCAUCGCUCACCAUCAUCAGCAAGUACUUUUUGGCUAAGCGUCCUUUAGCCAACGGUUUAGCAAUGGCAGGGAGUCCUGUGUUUUUGUGCUUCUUGGCACCUCUUAAUCAAUAUCUACUGGACAAGUUUGGAUGGAGAGGAAGUCUCCUUAUCCUAGGGGCUCUGAUGCUCAACUGUUGUGUAGCUGGAGCCUUGAUGAGACCAGUUGUUUCCUGUAAUGUGUCAUUUCGUGCACCAGAAUUUAAGGUGGAGGAGCAGUCAAAUAAGGACAGCAUCAAGCAACGGAAACAAAAUUGUGUCAGUCGUGCUGUAGAUUGGUCAUUUUUCAAAGAUCGGGGCUUUCUAAUUUACCUCAUUGGGAACAUAAUGUUCAUUUUUGGUGCCUAUGCACCUAUUGUGUUCCUCUCAGCAUAUGCUGUCAGUCAGGGUGUUGACCAAUACUCAGCAGCAUAUCUGCUCUCCAUUAUGGGUUUUGUGGACAUGUUUGUUCGACCUGGCACCGGCCUGCUUGCCAACAGCAGGUGGAUCAGACCAAGAGUUCAGUACUUCUUCAGUUUCGCCAUGGUGUUCAAUGGAACAUGCCAUUUAUUAUGCCCACUAAUCAAAAGCUAUACAUUUUUAGUGGUCUAUGCCAUAUUUUUUGGUGUGGGUUUCGGCAUGGUUUUUGCCCUCAUAUUUGAAUGCCUGAUGGAUCUGAUGGGAAAUCAACGCUUUCCUAGUGCUGUUGGACUGGUCACCAUCAUUGAGUGCAUCCCAAUGCUGCUAGGCCCGCCUGCUGCAGGAUUACUGGUAGAUGUAUUUGGAGACUACAAGUACCUCUUCUUCUUGUGCGGCACAGUCAUUGUUACCGGUGGGAUCUUUCUUUUCAUCAUGAACAUUUACAACUAUCACAUGCUGGAAAAAGAAAGCAGCAGGCAACAAAAUCAAAAUAAUAUUGUAGGCCAGGACCAAGCCGAGGUGCUAAAAACACUUAAUCACAGUUUAUCUACAAAGCAGUCAGCUCUGCCAGAGUGUAAAGACGAAAGCGAGCCAACGCUGUCUUGA